AUGGGCAAGACAUACACUUACGACGAAGUCUCCCAACACAGGAGUGCAGACAGCUGCUGGGUGAUCCUCUACGGCAACGUUUACGACGUGACAAAAUUCGUUCCCGAGCACCCCGGUGGUGCAAAGAUCAUCCUGCAACUAGCCGGACAAGACGCAACCGAAGAAUACGAUCCCAUCCACCCACCGGGAAUCCUCGAGGAGUCUCUGGCGCCAGAAUGUAAAUUAGGGCCUUUGGACGCCAGCACUUUGCCUGCAGUGGAGAAACCCAAGGGUGAGGAAAAGAAGGAGGAUGAGGAUGCUAUCAUGCCACUUGAUCAUUGCUUGAAUAUGGACGAUAUUGAAGCUGUGGCUACAAAGAAGAUGAGCAAAAAGGCGUGGGCGUACUAUUUCUCGGCUGCCGAUGAUUUGAGAUCAAAGGCUUUGAACAAUACGGUAUACAGCGAUAUUCUGCUGCGACCGAGGGUAUUCGUGGACAUUACAAAGUGCGACACCAGUUCCACUAUCCUCGGCAACAAGGUCAACAUCCCGCUUUUCGUUUCUCCGGCCGCUAUGGCCAGGCUCGGUCAUCCUGACGGUGAGCACGGUAUCGCGAGAGCCUGUUCCACUUUCGGCGCUUGUCAGAUCAUUUCCAACAAUGCUUCUCAAACGCCAGAGCAGAUAUUGGAGGGCUCACCCCCGGAUCAAGUGUUUGGCUGGCAACUUUACGUUCAGAGAGACCGCAAGAAGAGUGAGGAAAUGCUGGUGCGCAUCAACAGACUCACAAAGAUCAAGUUCAUCGUCCUCACUCUCGAUGCACCUGUCCCUGGAAAGCGCGAGCAUGAUGAAAGAGAAGGCAAGAAUGUGGGCUCAAACCUUCCCAUUCGCAGUUCACACCAAGAAGGCAGUUCCAGCACAACAUCACCAGACCCAAAAGCAGCAAGUGGAAGCGUAGCAUCAGCAAUGUUUGCAGGCACAGCAGGAGACUUGACUUGGAAGACCACAUUACCCUGGUUGGCCAAGCACACCAAACUGCCUAUCGUGCUCAAGGGAUUGCAGACACAUGAAGAUGCUUACCUGGCUUCUUUGUAUGCUCCCCAGGUGCAAGGGAUUAUCCUGUCCAACCAUGGUGGUAGAGCCGCUGAUACUGCGCCACCUGCUAUUCACACACUGAUUGAGAUCCGCAAGUACUGCCCCGAAGUGUUGGACAAAAUCGAGGUGUGGGUGGAUGGUGGAAUCAAGCGUGGUACAGAUGUCGUCAAGGCUCUGUGUCUAGGAGCAAAAGCCGUAGGUAUGGGCCGCAAUGCUCUCUACGGUCUCGGAGCGGGAGGCAUAGCCGGUGUCGAACGCGUGUACGAGAUCUUGAAAGCAGAGAUUGAGACUACGAUGCGCUUGCUCGCUGUUGAGAAAAUUGAGGAUCUGGGACCUCAGCAUAUCAACGCAAGAGCUGUGGAGAGAGAUAUCUACGACGGCCCUGCUGGUCUCGAGAAGCUGAGCAUGUGGAUCAAGGCCAAGCUGUAG